GAGAGUAGGCGUGGUUAACUGGAGGGGCUGGGGCAGGGACCUGCUCUCACUUCUAUGCAAGUUCUGGAGUACCUUUUGUCCCCACCUUCCACUAUCAUUUUGGGUUUCUGGGUCCCUGCAGCUAAGCUGCCUUUGAUGGUAAUCUGGCAGCAGAGCCCUUUCCUCCUAAAGAGCGAUCCCUAAACAAGAGCCUCCAGGUCUGGACACGAUCGCCUUUCAGUGUUUCUGAGGAUACAGCCUUGACCGGUCCAUCCCUUCUGUGGACUCAUUCCCUCCAGAAGCCCACAGACCCAGAGACAGGCAUCCUGAAAUCACCCAAGAUACCUCCACUGUUCUUGGGUUUCUACCUACCUAAGAUGUUCCUUUGCAUGAAUGGAUCUCUUCGUGCAUGGGGCAGAAGGAAUGAAUAUAAGUUGAAUUGGAGGGGAAUCCUUAAUGGGUCCUUGGGCUCCUCCCUCCAUAAAGGAGAUCUGGUAUCAUUUCAAGAUGUGAUGGAGAUUCUCAGUCCUUUAGGAGCUUUUCUCUCUAAUUCUCUCGUUGCCUUCUUCUUCCUCUUCAUGAUGCCCAAAAUUGCCUUAGGGCAGUUCUCAGUGAUUGGACCUACAGGACCCAUCCAGGCCUCACUUAGGGGAGAGGCAGAGUUACCAUGUUACCUGUCCCCACCUCAGAGUGCUCAGCACAUGAAAGUGAUCUGGUCACUGUCCACUCGAGUGGUGCAUCUCUAUCGAGAUGGAGAGGAUCAGCUUGGAGACCAACACUCUGAUUACCAAGGAAGAACGGUGCUGUUGAGAGAUGCUAUGACAAGUGGGAAUGUCACACUGAAGAUACUGGAUGUGAAACUCAUGGAUGCAGGAAAGUACACAUGUGUCAUUGCAAAUGGUUUUCACCAAGAGCAAGCUGAUGUGGAGCUGAAGGUCUCAGGUGAUGAACCUGAGGCACCGGCUGUGGUAUUAACAUCAUUUAUGCUCCUUAUUGUCCUUUUGGUCCUGCUUUCUUUAAUGUAUUUAGAUUUGCUUCUGUUUUUCCAAGGGUAUCUUUAUGACUGGACAUUUAUGUAUGGCUUGACAUCUUCUGUGACAUCUGUUAUGCUGGUAAUAUUAAACAGUGUAUCAGUAUACUCAUUCAGAAGGCUUGUCACCACACACAAUCAGUCCCCAGAGCUAACAAUAAGGGAACUCUUGUGAAGAUUUAUACCUCC